AAAAAGCGGCGAUAGUGAUAAAAAAUAAUUCCGAGUGGGGGAGGAAAAAAAAUGGCGGAUUAAAAUCCAAGAUGGCGGCGCCGAGGGGCGAGCGGCGCAGGGGGGAGACGGCGGGGAGAGCCGCCUGGAGAUCCCUCCGCCGCGCCCCGCGAGAAAGAGUCCCCCGGGCUCCCCCGCAGAGACCCCGCGGGGUGGCGGCGCGGACCGGCCGCCGCUUCCUCCUCCUUCUCCUCCUUCCCUGCGGGGAGCCCUCGUUCCGCCGCCCCGCCGAGCCAGGCGAGCGCCGCGCUGGCCGCUGCGCCCCGAAGUUUCUUCUUGUUCCUCCCGGCGGAGCCCGCGACCUCCUCGCCCCGUCCGGGGAGACGCCGAGUGCCCCUGCGCUCCCGGCGGCGGAGGGACACCGCGGACACCCGCCGCCGCGCACUCCCGCCGCCGCGGAAGGAUACACCGCUGGCAAGGAAACACAGCCCGCCCCCAGCCGCGCCGCUCCCCGCCGCCGCCUCCUGCCGCCGCCGCUUCACCGCGGGCGGCGCGGGGGCAGCCGGGGUAGCCCAUCCGGCCGCGGAGGGCGGCCGGCGGCGGCCGCGGGGCCCAUGACCGCCCGGCGCGGCGGAGGGAUCCCGCCGAGGGAGGGGAACGAGGCCCGGGCCGCCCCGCACGGCCGUGUGUGCGGGGAAGAAGUCCCGCUCCGGGAUCCCUCCGCGCGGUGCUGCCCUUUAAACGCGGGGGACUCCCCGCCGCGGGGCGCGCACCGGCAUGCAGCCGGGAUGCGUCUCCUUGUGCUGCCUCGCGGUUCCCCUGCUGUGCCGGUCUCGGCGGUUUGUGCGGCGACAGCUCGCCCUGCCCCGCCUGAGAGGGGAGUGGGACCGCAAACCGAGCUCUUCCGGCACCUGCUCCCCCCCGCUGUCUGA